AUUGACUCUGCGCCGCCGAGCCGGAGCGGGUCCGGGUUUUGAGCUCCUCCUGGCGGGGAGGAGUCAGUGGAGGGGCGGGCGGCGGUGCGACGUGCAGCCUGCUGGAGCUCCAGCCCGCCAUCUUGUCGCGACUCCUCUACGUGCGUGGAAGAGUUUCUGCGAGGGGGAUCCGGUUACAGCCGCCGCCGCUGCCUUUUUCUUUCUUUCUGUUUUUUUCCUUCUACAGGCGAAGGUGUUGGGUCUCGGGCGGAAGACUGGUCUUUCUGACUGACCCGAAGCGAAGGCUGUUCGGCAGUUUCUCGUGGAGCUGGGUGGGAAAAGAACGGACUGAAGCAGAGAUGAGUAUCGAAACGCUUUUAGAGGCAGCCAAGUUUCUGGAAUUGCAAGCCCAGCAACAACAGAGAGCACGUGAAGAGAACGAGCUACGAGAGAGACUGCGCCUCGAACGGGAGGCCGAGAAGCGGAGAGCAGAGGUUGUCUCCUGCGUUCAGCCUACACGUACCAAUCACACGAUCUGGGCUGAGGAGUCGACUCAAGAGCGUCAUCACACCCCUGCACCUGCCCCACCUCCUCCCCCUCCCCCACAAGCUCUUCCUGCUCCCUCUAUUCCCAUCACGGUCAUCCCCAUCCCCUAUGUUUCGUCGAGCCCCACCUCUUUACCUGCAACUCCUUCCACUCCACUCAGCCCCCCAACUACCCCCCGCCUCACACCUCCACGAAAAGCAACCCACUCCCCCCCAGCCCAGAGUGCACUGCACCAGUGCGCAGUCGUACCCCCUCAGGUGAAGGCCGCGCCAACACCUCUGGCCCAGACCAAUGGCACUAAACCACCUCAGCUGCUGCAGCCCUACCCUGGGUCCAUUGUCACAACCUCCCUGCUGCCUCAGCCAGCACAGUCCAGCCCUGUGUCCAGAGGCAGCCCUCCAGACGACCUGCGCAAUCUGGACAACAAGAAAAGACCUGGCGGGGCGGGCACACGGGAGGUACACAACAAGCUUGAAAAAAACAGACGUGCACACUUAAAGGAGUGCUUUGAGACUCUUAAGAAGAACAUCCCUAACGUGGAUGAAAAGAAGACCUCCAAUCUGAGUGUGUUGAGAAGUGCACUAAGAUACAUACAGACUCUGAAGAGGAAAGAGAAGGAGUAUGAACACGAGAUGGAGCGUUUGGCUCGAGAGAAGAUCUCCACUCAGCAGAGGUUGGCCGAACUGAAGAAUGACCUCAGCCAGUGGAUGGACGUGAUGGAGGUCGACAGAGUGCUGCGCCAGACUGUCCAGCCUGAAGAUGAUCAGGUGUCCACCUCCACAGCCUCAGAAGGUGAAGAUAACAUUGAUGAGGACAUGGAGGAGGAGAGCCCCUCAGCAGCGCCUGUCUCCUUACCUAAAGUGCCUCUCAUCCUGCAGCCGGAGCUAAGGAAGCCCCAGCUGGCCCAGUCUCUGACCCAGCACCUGUCCAUCCCUCCCAAAUCCUCCGAACUGCAUCCGCCUGCCCCUGCUCUUCAGCCUGCCCCUGCCUCAGCCCCUGUGCAGCCCUCUGCCCCUUCUCUCUCCCCCACUCCAGCCCAGGCUCCUAAUGGCCUGGCCGCUUUGGCACCCCAGCAGCUCCAGACCCAAGUGGUGACGGCUCAUGGCCUUCCGCCUGCUCACACGCACAUCGUGAGCGCUCCCAGCCUUCAACCUACCGUCAUCACCCACGCUGCUGCAGCCUCUCACGCGUCCGUCAUUCAAGCCGUCAACCACGUCAUUCAGGCCGGCCCCAAGCAGCUGGCCCACGGACCUCAGCCUAUUGGACACAUCACGGUGCACCCGGUGGCCCACCUGGGCCAGCACCUGCCUGCACUCUACCCCCAACCUGUCACUGUUGCCCCGCCCACUGUGGUUAGCCACAUCGCUCACACGCUCUCCCACAGCCAGGUGAACGGAACCUCCCAGCCUAGCCCACAGGCCGCAGCUAUGGUGGCUAAACAGGUGCCCCAGGUGGUGGCUCAUCACCCGCAUCUGGCUGCCCAGACCGUCCUCAACCCGGUCACAAUGGUGACCAUGCCCUCCUUCCCCGUCAGUACGCUGAAGCUGGCCUGAAGCAGCGACCUGACGCGGACAACCUCGCGAUUAACUAGGGCAUGGAUGGACUUGUGGAACCCAACAGUCACAUACAGCAUUACAGCAAGCAGAUGAACAUUCAAUACAUUCCAGAAAAAAAGAUCAUAUAAAAAGACUCUGAAAUCAAAAUUGAUUUAUAACUAUAUAAUAAUAUACAGUAAAAUACAAAAAAAGAUUUUGUAUCCUUGUGUGUGGAUCAAAUCAGAGUGUGAAGAUGUCUAGAGUCUUUCCGUGCUGCUCAGUAUGUAUGAUGCAAGUGUGUGUGUGUGCUUGAAAGAGCCUGUGUGAGUGCAUGUGGAGUGUAUCAUUGGGAUCAGUGUGCUAACCAGUCACAGAAGGAUGUCAGCAAAAGCUGCUGUGUCAUGUGACUGAAGGCAUGGGUGGUGCAAUGAUUAGUGCUCUGUGGCUUAGUGUAGAAACCCAUACCUCACUACUACUCUCAUCAGCUAAUGGAUCACGGCUCUUGCUGACCCUGUUCUGAGGGUUUAGGUGGUUGCGGUGGUCGUCCCUUCCCCCAGGUUUCCUCAACCCUUGUUGUUCUAGUUCUAGUAGUGCUGGAACAAAGGUGGAAUUAGGUGAGAUGCCCAUAAGCCUUUCUUUAAUGUGAUCAGUUAAAGUCCAUGGUUAAUUAUUUACCUGCUCUGAUGUUCCCACGUCUGAAAGAAUAACUUCAACAAGGCUUUUCUGGGGCUGUAGGUACACUAUAUGGACAAAAGCAUUGAGCUUUCUGCUCUAGAAUGUUUUUUUUUUUUUUCCCCCCAGAAAGCAAAUAUAGAUUCUAUUCUAUUAGUCCUCCUUUCUAUUGGCAAUACUAUCUACUAUUAUCUACAGGCACUAGACAAGCGAGUGCAAAUUAAAGUAAAUUAAAUUAAAGCUGAAUGUAUUCAUCAAAAGGGGUGUCCACAGUUUCCCAGACUGGGAUUAAGCCUAGUCUUGAACUACACAGUAUUCAGAAAUGAGAUUUUGCAUUGAAAGGAAAAUGUACUGUACAACUAAGCCUUAGCUUAAUCCCUGUCUGAGAAACUGACCCGUAGUGUACAUGUCCCAGUUAGAGUUACUGCUUGGUCUGGCUCUUAGGAGGCUGCUCUGAUUUUUUUUUUUUUACCUUUCCGAUUGUAGUAAUAGAUGACCUUUUUGGACGGAGGGACUCUUGAGUGAAAUCAGUUUGCCUGUGCCUUUACCAGUGCCUUUUAUAGGCACAGCAGUCCUGUUCAAUGCUGCACAGACGCCCUCCACUGUCCAUGAUACGCAUCUGCACUCUUAUAGACUAGCACAGCUUCUGCAACAAACACAAAAUCUCACAGUUAUUACAGACAUUAAAAUAUAAAUUGGGGUGGGGGGUUAAAGAAUAGGCUUUUCCGAACUUCUUUGUGAAUGUACUUUUUCUGAGUUCUGAUGUCACCUAUUUAAGGCCUUCAUCUUGUCAAAUUGUUGACGAAUGUGAAUUUGCUCAUCUAUGCUGGCAGGCGCAACCUCGACAGCCUCUGCAUGCUCAUCGUUUGUGAGUAGGGAAGUUAGUGUGUAUGUGUGUUGUAGGUGUGUAUGCCAUAAUUCUACCUUGUUUGUCAAUUUGUGUCUACUACAGUUUGAUUGAUCCAGUUUAAUUAGUGUGUAUGUACUCAGUAGUGUGUUUGUCUGUUAUUAGUUAUUUGGUGGAAAAGGGGAGAGAGAUGAGAGGACAUAUACAGUACAUUAUCCAAAGCAUCAUAGAUAUUGUUUUUGGCUGCAUCAAGUGUAUGAAUGUGCAGGAUCAUUUACAGUACUUCUAACAAAGCAGGGCACUUCACACAGACGUCUUAGUCUUAGCCGAACCCUGCCGACUACGCCAGUCCUGCUGCACAGCUUGAGCACAGCCUUUCUGUCCAAUGAGAUUUGACUUACUAAACCUCGAGCACUGUGAUACUGCUCAUGUGCCCCAAUGAGAGCGACCCACGUUUACAAAUACCAAUACAACCAAGCAUUGACUUAACCGAGCGAGAGAGAGUCCCUUCCUUUGUUUGAAUGCUUUGUGUGUGAGGAGUUAAACAGCUUCCUUUACUUUCACUGAGGAUUUAUCACAUGUUUACGUACACUAGGCUGUACACUUCACCAAUGAAAACAUGUUUUCCAGUCCAUGUAUGAUUUUUGCAUGUAGAUGAAUGACUUGUUUUAAUGCUGACUAUGGAAGUUUCUUUUGCUUUCUUAUUGAUUUGUUUGGGGGACCAUGUACAGUACUGAAUACUAUGGGGCAACCUUUCAGACCUCUUUCCACAUUGAUAUUAUAUAUACAAAAAGUGUGUUUUCCCUAUGGAGAAAGUUUACAUUGUAUAUAGCCUGUAAAUUUGGGGCUGCAUAGAUCUAACUGUCCAUCUUAUUAAAGUUAUAAAUGAAGAGGAAGAUUGGAAAUAAAGAGAACAAUUGUUGAAUAUAUAAAAUCUUGUUACAUUGCUA